UGUCUUGUGAGCUUCCUCAUAAGUAUGGGGUGUCCUCGGGCCAGGCCUGUUUGGGGGCUCAGGCGGGGGCCACUGCCUGCCUGUGUGUGCUCCUACACCCUUUGGUUUGGCUCCUAUUCUGAUAGACAUCUCUGCACCAUUUGGAGCAGGCAGCGUGGAGUAGCUGUGCCCAUCUCCCUGAGGGCUAGACUGCCUGAGUCUGUGCUUGCUGAGGGAUAUCUACCUGCCGUCUGCUGUCCCCAGGCUUCCUGACUAAGGAAGGACCGCCCCCAUUUUGGUGACCUGGUCAAGCCAGUCUUUUCACCCCCUCCCCUCAGCAGCAGUCUGUACCUAUAGCCUAAUCAUCCACCACCUCUGUUUUCUUGUGCCAUUGAAGAUCCUGACCUGAGGUCAGGAGUCCUGAGGGUCUGUGUUUUCUGUGUCCAGGUCUGGGCUAUCCAGACAGUGUGUACCCUGGAGCUAGAUCUGUACACCUUUGGGUGGUCACUCGGUGGGAGCAUCUGAUAUCUAUGGGUCAAAGCCUCGGACACCUCUCUGCCUACUAAGGCAGUCUUGGCAGUGAGCGAGAGGGCUCCAGGGCAGAGGGUAGAUGAUGAGGUGACAAGAUCUUGGAGUUGAUGGGAGCAGUCCCUUCUGGCUUUUGGUGGACUCCGCUUGUGUGUGUGUGUGUGUGUGUGUGUGUGUGUGUGUGUGUGUGUGUGUGUUGCAGUGGCACAGACUCAGGGGAUGGGACUAGCAGACAGGCAGCUGGGUCUUCUAGGCCUGGCCUCAGGGAGUAUAUACCUCUAGUGAACCCCAGCAGCCCUGUGCAGGGGCCUGCAGCCUGGACGAAUGGCUCUGGCUGCUGGAACCUGUCCUGGUGUCCCCUGCAUUUCAGUGUAGAUCUUAGGCCACCCUGAUAAGAGAGGAAGUUGAGAUUAGGACCUUGGAUUCAGCUCUUGCUGACCUGAUAGAGACCAGCCCCGGAGGUCUGUGGUCGGCCUCUCCUGCAGGGGGCUAGAAUGGUGAGGAGCUGUGUAGGAUCAAGGUUUUGGGGCAGGCAAGAACCUUGAGCUCUGUCUUACACCCUGUGUGUGGAACAAGUGCCCAUCUUUCUUUCCUCUUCCUGCUCUGCCCUCUUCCAAGUAUGAGAUUGUGUCUCCCACCCCCCGUACCCGUCUACACCCCAUCAAGUUCUGUCCUCUUUGCUGCCAUUCACUGCUUGGUUGUUUUGGUCUGAGCUGGGCCUCUCACCCUCUCUAGUGGGUGGGAAAGUGAGAGGUGUUGGAGGGCCCCCGGAGUUCAUAAUCACAGAUUAUGGUGUUUUACAGAACACUUGCAGAAACAUAUCUCUUUGAGCCUUAUGGCAGUUUGUGGCUAGGCAGGGCAGGACUCACUUAUCACCCCAUUAUUAUAGGACCUGAGGCCUCUGGGAGGCAGAGACAUACUAUAAGUGGGAACAGUCAGACUCGAGUUCUCCAAAUUCUAGUCCCUUAUCUCCCACGCUUCUCCUGGAUGGUUUGUCCCCAGUGAUAAGCUUGAAACGGGGGUUUAGGUCUGGGCAGCUGUGAACAAGCCCCCCUGGGCAGCAGAGAAACUCAGUAACUGGUCCCUACUUGGAGUGAGUCGCUUCUCUUACUGCCACCCAACUUCUCUCCCUAGAAGAGGCUUUGUUUGUCUCAAGGAACCCCAUAGUCAGGGGACCCAGGGGACUGUGGGGAGCAAAACAAGGCCUCUGGGCAGAUGAAGCCGGCCUGGGGCUGUUGUGUUUGGAAAUGAGGGCUGCUCACCCCUACCUCUCUCCCCUCCUACCCUUUGGCCAGCAGGGCCCUACCCACUCACUAUCCCCAAUGGUAGUGCAUUUUAAGGAGGCUUGGCCUCUCCCAGCCAGACUGCCCAGCCCUUAUCAGCCUACCCUGGUCCACCCCCUUGGGGGCUCCACUUUAGGCUGGGCCCUGGUACUGUAGAGGUUAAGGCCCUGUUCACUUCUCCAGUUCCUCUCAUUUCCCAACUCUGAUGCUCCUUUCCUUGAUUUCUGGCUCCCCUGGGCUUCCCUAGCCCCCUGCUUGCUGUCAUCCUAGGGUCUCCCCUGCAUGUUGCUGCACUUGGUACAGCCCGUGCCGGCCCCUUGAGCUGUCCUGGGGGACUGGCUACAGCUCCACUCAGCAAACAAGCGGGCCAGGGGCACAGGGCUUUGGCUGGAGCUGCCUGAACUCUGCAGAGGCUCGGGGUGGGCUGGGGGCCCCUCCGCUGCAGUCUGCCCGAUCCCUGCCAGGCCCUGCCCCCUGCCUCAAGCACUUCCCACUCGACCUACGCACGUCUAUGGAUGGCAAAUGCAAGGAGAUCGCCGAGGAGCUGUUCAGCCGCUCCCUGGCUGAGAGCGAGCUCCGUAGUGCCCCGUACGAGUUCCCUGAGGAGAGCCCCAUUGAGCAGCUGGAGGAGCGGAGGCAGCGCCUGGAGAGGCAGAUCAGCCAGGAUGUCAAGCUGGAGCCAGAUAUCCUGCUUCGGGCCAAGCAAGAUUUCCUGAAGACAGACAGUGAAUCAGACUUCCAGCUCUUCAAGGAGCAGAGCGAGGGGCAAGGUGACCGGGGCCUGCGGGACCGAGACGUGGUGCUAGAGCGGGAAUUUCAGCGGGUCACCAUCUCCGGCGAGGAGAAGUGUGGGGUGCCAUUCACAGACCUGCUGGAUGCAGCCAAGAGUGUGGUGCGGGCACUUUUUAUCCGGGAGAAGUACAUGGCCCUGUCACUGCAGAGUUUUUGCCCUACCACCCGGCGGUAUCUGCAGCAGCUGGCUGAGAAGCCUCUGGAGACACGGACCUAUGAGCAGGGCCCUGACACCCCUGUGUCUGCUGAUGCCCCGGUGCACCCCCCUGCGCUGGAGCAGCACCCAUAUGAGUACUGUGAGCCGAGCACCAUGCCUGGGGACCUGGGUUUGGGUCUGCGCAUGGUGCAGGGCGUGGUGCACGUCUACACCCGCAGGGAAACUGAUGAUCAUUGCUCAGAGAUGGAGCUGCCGUACCCUGACCUGCAGGAAUUUGUGGCAGAUGUCAAUGUGCUCAUGGCCCUGAUUAUCAAUGGCCCCAUAAAGUCCUUCUGCUACCGUCGGCUACAGUACCUGAGCUCCAAGUUCCAGAUGCACGUGCUGCUCAACGAGAUGAAGGAGCUGGCCGCCCAGAAGAAGGUUCCACACCGAGACUUCUACAACAUCCGCAAGGUGGACACGCACAUCCACGCCUCGUCCUGCAUGAACCAGAAGCACCUGCUGCGCUUUAUCAAACGGGCGAUGAAGCGGCACCUGGAGGAGAUCGUGCACGUGGAGCAGGGCCGUGAGCAAACGCUGCGGGAGGUCUUUGAGAGCAUGAAUCUCACUGCCUAUGACCUGAGUGUGGACACACUGGACAUGCACGCGGACAGAAACACCUUCCAUCGCUUUGACAAGUUCAAUGCCAAAUACAACCCCAUUGGGGAGUCUGUCCUCCGAGAGAUCUUCAUCAAAACCGACAACAGGGUCUCUGGAAAGUACUUUGCCCACAUUAUCAAGGAGGUGAUGUCAGACCUGGAGGAGAGCAAAUACCAGAACGCGGAGCUGCGACUCUCCAUCUACGGGCGCUCAAGGGACGAGUGGGACAAGCUGGCCUGUUGGGCCGUGAAGCACAAAGUACACUCCCCCAACGUGCGCUGGCUCGUGCAAGUGCCCCGCCUCUUUGACGUGUACCGUACCAAGGGCCAGCUGGCCAACUUCCAAGAGAUGCUGGAGAACAUCUUCCUGCCACUGUUUGAGGCCACUGUGCACCCUGCCAGCCACCCUGAGCUGCACCUCUUCUUGGAGCACGUGGAUGGCUUUGACAGUGUGGAUGAUGAGUCUAAGCCCGAGAAUCACGUCUUCAACCUGGAGAGCCCUCUCCCCGAGGCUUGGGUGGAGGAGGACAAUCCACCCUAUGCCUACUACCUGUACUACACCUUUGCCAACAUGGCCAUGCUGAACCACCUGCGCAGGCAGAGGGGCUUCCACACAUUUGUGCUGAGGCCGCACUGUGGGGAAGCCGGGCCCAUCCACCACCUGGUGUCGGCCUUCAUGCUGGCGGAGAACAUCUCUCAUGGGCUACUUCUGCGUAAGGCCCCAGUCCUGCAGUACCUGUAUUACCUGGCCCAGAUUGGCAUCGCCAUGUCCCCACUCAGCAAUAACAGCCUCUUCCUCAGCUAUCACCGGAACCCGCUACCUGAGUACCUGUCUCGUGGUCUCAUGGUCUCGCUGUCCACUGACGAUCCCCUGCAGUUCCACUUCACCAAGGAGCCACUGAUGGAGGAAUAUAGCAUCGCUACCCAGGUGUGGAAGCUCAGCUCCUGCGACAUGUGUGAGCUGGCACGCAACAGUGUGCUCAUGAGCGGCUUCUCCCACAAGGUGAAGAGCCACUGGCUGGGACCCAACUAUACCAAGGAGGGCCCUGAGGGCAAUGAUAUCCGCCGUACGAACGUGCCGGACAUCCGUGUGGGCUACCGCUAUGAGACCUUGUGCCAGGAGCUGGCGCUCAUCACGCAGGCUGUCCAGAGUGAGACGCUGGAGACCAUCCCGGAGGAGGCUGGUGUCACCACAAGCCCGGGGCCUCAGUGAGCUUGGCCCACACGGGGCCCCCUGCAUCUCAGCACCUCGACCACGUUUCAUUCUCAGACCCCUCCCACCCUGUUGUGUCUGCAUGUGUCUGUUCUUCUUUGUUCUGUCCCGCAUGUCUCCAGCCUGGAUCUGUCCCUGUGCCACCUCUGUGAAAGUGGUGCCCAGAAUCUGCUUUGCCCUUGUCUGGGCCUGAAGGCCCGGCUUUGAUGGCUGCCCUGCCAAUGGCCCUGUCCCAGGACCCUCUGAAGCCUGGCUGUCCUGUGGGCAUCUAAGUGUCCACAGGGGCUAGAGAUGGUUGAGGGGGGCUGGCCCCUCUAGCCCUUGGGGUCCUGCCUGGGCAGAUCUUGUCGUGUGUGUGUGUCCGGGGAGCAGUCAGGUGGGGCCCGUGCAUACCUGCUGGGGGUCUGUGGAGCUCCAGCAGCUCUGUGGUGAGCACAGUUGGGCUGAACUCGGUCACAGCCCUCGCUGCCUGGACUCGGGCCUCGGAGGUGCUGGACCACCGCCUCCACCAAGUCACUGCCUAGCAGCCUUCUCCGUCCUUCCUCCGGUCUACAUGCUCCUCUGGUGUCAGCUUCCUGUGCCUCUGUGGGAGGGGGCAGCUGCCCUGUGUUGUAUCUGGAGCCAUUGCAGCCGGAGGGUCCUGAAUCUGUCACCAGCCCUGGAGGUGGUAUCCCCACUGUGAUCCCCAGAGUUUUGACCACACCUGAAUCCACUUGGUCCCCUGUGUUGUGUUCUGGACUGAGGUCUUUGCUGUGAAAUGCAGUGUUUCAUACAAUCCCAUCUUUCCUAGUGCAUGAGAAAUAAAGGUUAUUUAAGUAA